ACUGCGUGAAGGCGAACAGGACCGCGAUAUCGACUUUCGUGAUCGCGACAGAGAUGUCGACCGGGACUCUCAGUAUGACGACUCCGACCACUUACUACAGGACCAAAUUGCAGUGACCCGUCCUGCUUCCAUGGCAGACGAUGACUCCGAUAGUGUCUACGAUGUAGAAUCCGACUAUCGUCAUUCUCGACAACCAUCUAAUUCUCCUUCACUCGGCUCCUCUUUACGCAGACAGAACACCCUUCACUCCACACCUCCCUCUAGCUCAGGUCCCAGCCCCAUCAUUCCAAACAGUUCACUAUCUACCACCGCAAGUCCCCGCAGGCAAUCCAAUGCUGUGCACCCCGUGGUCUGGCCAAGUCAAAGCUUAUCUUCUCGUCGCCUUUCCCGUGCAAUCCAGAUCCCCGUCCGUUCAGGCAGAUCUACUGCCCAAAGCUCUCGUUCAACGUCCAGAUCUCGUUCACCCCUCCCUCCUGCCCCAAUUCACGCCAACUUCUCUGACACUGCGACUUCAACUUCCAUCAAUCGCAGGUCCUCGCGCAUACUAAUAGACGAUCCCAUCGACCCUAUCAUGUCUGCGCUGUAUGAGCUCAUAGGCGUUGCCACAGAUGUCACAGAAAUGUCCACAGCCCAGCUGACGGCACAGCCAAAGAUAUGUGAAUCGCUCGUUCAACGCGUGCAAGCCAUCGGGAAGGCCUGGGAUGACCAUCCAGAUUGGCACGGACGCAAUUGGUAUGUGCAGGUACUCCUUGCCGUCGCUAGCCUCAGCCGUGUGGUGGAGUGGUGGGAGGCAGAGAAACUGUUCUGGAACUUUGACGACAACGAAGACGAACAAGACGAACCAUUGAUGUUUGUCAUGAAGCCUGCGGAUGACGUUCUUCCUACUUCAGCGUCAAUAGGUCGGUUCCAUCCAGCAGAGGGAGCAUUAUUGCAGUUCUCUGCAGAUGAAGAACAGCGCUUCCGUUCGACCAGGCAAAUUAGUCAGGGCAGGCGAUCAAGAGAAGAACACGUUAAAGAUUUUACUCGGAAGUCCACAUCUCCGGAGCCAGGCUCCCGCGUGCCGCAUAAGUCAAUUGAAACCAACGAAUCUGCCCGUGUCUUAGCAACAGAGCGAUUGCGACUACAGGCUGAAAGAACUCAGAGCCAAAACAUUGUUUUGGAGCUGAGCUUGGACGGUGAUCACUUCGUAUCGGCAAAUCAUGCAUGGAGACUCGUGGCUGGUACGGAUCCGGCUGAACUUCUUGGGACCCGAAUAUCAAAUCUUCUUGUGCCGUCAGAUUGGUCAGUCUUCAGGGAUGCGACGUCUCGUCUGCAACGAGACGACACUCGUGCAGUCGAUGUACACUUCAAACUGCAGGUGCAGCCCGAUGGGGAGAAAGAGGGUCCAGCAAACGCCGUCUUGUAUCAGCAAAUGGAGGGCCAAGGCAUACUUAUGAUCGACCGCGAGGACGCCCAACCAUCCCAUACGUUAUGGAUCGUGAAGCCGACAGGUCCUCCACGAUAUGAGUAUUCCUCUCCCUCUAUCGUCUUCGAGGGAGAGGAGGCAGUCGCCGACGCAGUCCCAGCGACAACUGAUGCCGCUGAAGAAGUUGACCAACGCCCCGGUAUGCCAUUUCCGUUCGCACAACCGAUCUCUACGGAACCAAUUCUUUGUCGAAUAUGCGAGUGCCAGAUUCCGCAAUGGUACUUCGAAAAGCACAGCGAGACCUGCGUCGAGAUCCAUCGACUGGAAGCAGAGAUUACGGAAUGCAAUGAGUCCAUCAGCGAGUUAAAGAACACAAUUCGUGAUCUUCUGCUCGCAAUCGAAACUUCGCAGCCUCCCGUGACUCCGGAAUAUCGUGGCCUUCCGCUCUUCACUCCGUCAACAUCGCCGAGUAUGUCGAGUCCGUUGCAGUUGUUCCGUACCAAGAAAACAGGGAUGGGAAUGAAGAAAUUGCAACGUCGAUUUUUGGAGCAAUUGGACGAGAUUUUGCAACUGGCUGUUGAAAUUACCAUGCCAUCGUUAAAGGAGGAGGAGUCGAAGGAACCCAUUGAACGGCAGCGGUUGCUCACUCCAACUUCCGAGCAAAAAGUAACGCAGGUGCGAAGUUGGUGCAAGCCAACCAUUGACGAUGCCGCUUUGAAACAGCUCGCAGAAGACACUGAGCGCGUCAUGCGCCAAAAGGUUGACAACGUUGUACGCAUGCAAAAUACGAUUCGGUACUCGGAGAAAGUAUGGCACGAAUGGGAGCAGAAAGUCGGAGAGUGUUUGGCUGCAGCUGACUUUGAUGACGAGAGCGACGAGAGCGAGCUCGAGAACGAUGUGGACGCGGCGUCCACCCCCGCAGCGGAGGCUGCUGACACUACAGCCUCCGGGGACCAAACCGCAGUGAACUCGUCGGAGGAUAUUCUUUCAUGUGAUCCUACUCCUAUGGCCUCUUCGUCUCCCGCCGCUGUUGGAACACCUAACGAAACUCGUUCCCUAGUGUCCAUGCCAGCGCCGGCCGUUGCUCCGACAACAUGGCAAAUAAUCAACAAACUACCUACUCGAUCAUCCACCCCAUCAUCCAUAUCUUCCCCCUUAGCCCUUGCCGUACCUAUCACGGCUACUUCCUCGGAUGACCACCCGCCAUACAUGGACUUGAAUGACAUUCCCGGCGAGGUUGGAACGAUCAGAACUCGGAGAUCCGCUUCCAAUUUGCUUGAACCCCGUCUUUUGGUUACCCCACCGUUAUCACCAAGUAUUCAACCGCGGGAUGCUCAACCAACCCGCCGUGGCCAUCGUAGGCAUUCUACGGUCAACCCCGUAUUUAGCCCCACUACGUCAAAUACUCCCCUCUCGCCUCGGCAACCAUCUGCGGUGCCAUUAUCACGAUCUACACCCACAUCCAUCAAGGACUUUGAGAUCAUCAAACCCAUUAGCAAGGGUGCAUUCGGUUCCGUCUUCCUUGCGAAGAAGAAGGUUACGGGCGAUUAUUACGCUAUCAAAGUGUUGAAGAAAGCCGAUAUGAUUGCGAAGAAUCAGAUCACGAACGUGAAAGCCGAGCGCAUGAUUCUCAUGAAACAGGCAGAGUCUCCUUUCGUUGCAAAGUUGUACUUCACCUUUCAGAGCAAGGACAACCUAUACCUGGUGAUGGAAUAUCUCAACGGUGGUGACUGUGCUGCUCUUAUUAAGUCUCUGGGUUCUCUUCCCGAAGAGUGGACGCGUCAGUAUAUCGCUGAGGUCGUCUUGGGACUGGAAUACCUGCAUCAACGCGGCAUUGUUCAUCGCGACCUUAAACCAGACAAUUUACUUAUCGAUCAGCAUGGCCACUUGAAGCUGACGGACUUUGGUCUGAGCAGAAUUGGUCUUUUGGGCCGUCAAACUCGCGAAGGUCAUCUGGGCUUGCGUCCUCGUGUAAGAUAUGAUUCACGUUCGCGACCUCCUUCCCUUGACUCAGGCUUGAUCUCAUCUCCCAUGUUGUCUUCUGAUGGCGGAGGUUCGUAUUUCGUUCAGGGACCCCAGGCCGGGAACCGGGCAGUAGCACCGCCUUAUCAAUCGCUUGCAGACGACAUUAGUGAGUCCAGUGGGUCGGAGUCAGUGUCGAAUUACUACUCGCGCCGAAGCAAAGCUGGCGAGAGCCCGCUGCAGUCGUUUGCCAGUGAGCUGACGACGGAUUUGCGUUCAUAUUCUGGGGGUCAUACUCCUCCUGGAGAACAGAAGUUCGUUGGCACCCCGGAUUAUUUGGCUCCCGAGACUAUUCUUGGACUGAGAGGUGAUGACGCCGCAGUCGACUGGUGGGCUCUCGGAGUCAUAACGUACGAAUUCUUGUACGGUAUACCGCCGUUUCAUGCGGAGACGCCAGAGAAAGUGUUUGAGAACAUUCUAUCCGGUCAUGUUGAAUGGCAUGAAGAGUGGAUUGAUUUCUCGGAUGCUGCUAAGGACUUCAUGCAGCGACUGAUGGACACGGAUCCCGUCACUCGACUUGGCGCGGACGGUGCUGACGAGGUCAAAUCCCACCCAUUUUUUGAGGGGAUUGAAUGGGAUAAAGUCACGUCGGCGGAGGCAGCUUUCAUACCACAGGUCACGGAUCCCGAGUCCACGGAUUAUUUCGAUCCCCGCGGAGCCAUACCACAACUAUUCCAUGAUGACGAGAUAUCCCUUACCAAUCCCCUUGACAGUCCUGCGAUCAACCCUGUACGACAGAGUUCGCAUUCACAUUCAUCUUCUCAGCAUGCCAAUCGGGAAUCUGCGCCGUCGCCUGCUAGCGACGACUUCGGAUCAUUCAGUUUCAAGAAUUUGCCCGUACUCAAACAGGCUAACGAUGACGUGAUACGCAAGUUGAAGACGGAUCAACUGGCACCCAUCGCGCACACCUUAUCGGAUCCGGCUUGUCUGGUGUCGAGGAGACGAAGCGCGUCACAGCGUCAUAAAGUGAAACCUCCCAGCGUUGUUACUGCAAUUGACCAGAAAUCGAUCUCGCAUGGGCCGCCCUCCCCUUCUACCUCAACGUCGUCGAUUGCGUCGUCGCCAUCCCGAGCGAGUAUUCCGACUACGCCGGGAAGUGGUUCAGGAAGUCAUAUUCGGAAGCCCUCGGAAUUCGGAGCUAUUGAGCGAUUUAAACUAAAUCAUCUUGACGGUAUCGAGCGGAGGAACACGAUGCCCAGUAGAUUGCGAACGGCAUCGAUUUCGAGUAGCACAGGUGACGGCUCUGGCUCUGAGAACUGGCUGCCCUCCUCUGCAGGUCAAGGAUCUAGUCAUUUUGAAACGCCACCCUCCUCUGUCCACUCCAUCGAUUUGCGUAAGGGACCUGAUCCGAACGAUCGCGCCGUGACUUGCCUGCUUGCUGAAGAUAAUCCCAUAACGGCGAAGAUUAUCGAGACGUUGUUGACUCGUCUUGGCUGUCGUUGUGUUGUUGUUGCUGAUGGCACUGAGGCCAUCAGUGUCGCCAUGGGAGAUAUCAAGUUUGACUGCAUUUUGAUGGAUUUACAUAUGCCGGCCCUUGAUGGCGAGAGUGCCGCCAGAUAUAUCAAGGCGACGAACAACAAGAACAGCUCGACGCCUAUUAUCUGUGUUAGUGCCUACAGCGCAACGGAUGCGAACGAACCCAACAAUCUGUUUGCGGCGUCCUUGGGCAAGCCAUUGCAAAGAGCGGACCUGCUUGCUGUGAUGCGCAAACUGGGAUUCAAGACGUCAGCGGUGCAGGGUGCUUCAUACCCUGCGAAACUUGUUGCUUUUCGCGCAUCAUGAGUGAUUAUGCUAUUGCUAUCAUGCUGUUUCUUUCGUUUUCGACUGCAUCAUAUAUGUUCACACGUUUGUGCUCGGCUAUUUCCCAGGUCCGACGAGCAUUCGAGCAUCCUCAAUCUGCACACUAUUACUUCACUUUCUUUUUGCACAGCUGUACGCUAGACACGACUGAUUACCUUGUACGCCACCAUUAUAUUCGCACAGGACACAUUUUGCAACCCCUUUGUCACGUGAGGGAGGAAGCAGGCUGCCAAGAGAAAGUUGGCAGAGUGCUCCUUAGCGAGGCUGUUCGUUUCGAUGUGUCCGUGCG